UUUCUAGACGCAGCUGACGAUGUAAACAAGAGAAGACAGUCGAGGGCAACAGGGAUCAAAUAGGCCGGUGCUACCGCAAAUGAUAGCCAUUAUAUACUCAUAAACGGCUGACAUGGGGCUGCCUGUUACUAUUAAAGUCAACUUCCGGGGGAAUGUGAAGAGAUUUCUGGCUCAGGAUUUGGACAAGUUGGAGUGGGAAUCCGUUGAAGCCUGGAUCAAAGCAUCUUUUGGGAUCAACCACUUUCAAGCCAAAUACUUUGAUGAGGAUAAUGAAGAGAUUUGCAUAAACAGUCAAGAUGAAUAUGAAGAGGCAAUCAAGAGUGCUGAGAAGCAGGGGAACCAGUUGCACAUGAACGUGUACAAGAUGAAAGGGCAGGCCUGUGGAGGCCCACUGAAGACAGAGGUGAAGGAGCUGAAAGGAGACCUCCGGCCUGCUCCUCCUUAUCCUUCAAGGGUCAAAACUGUGGACAAAGGCACACAGGUCACCCCAGAGCGAGAAGCUGUCACAGUAAAAGACAGCAAGGGAAACAAACCAGAAGAUGAGCCACCUCCCAUGUGGUUUAGAUCAUACAUGGAGAAGUUUAAAGAUGAGGUGGUGAAAGAGGUAGUGGAAAGGAUGUGCAAUGAUUUUUCUGGCCAGUGUUGUACCCACAAAUCAUUUGAUGGGCCCCCUGAGGCCAUUGGGGCCAGUGGCGGCCCUACAGCACCCAGACCAGGCCCCUCCACCUCAAAUGGAUCCCUUGGCUACACCCCAAACUGCAGCAGCUGCAACAAACUCACAUCUGAAGGAGCCUACAAGUGCAGCGUUUGCCCGUCCUGCAUCCUGUGUGAGAUGUGCAGGCAUAGCCAUGAUCCUAGCCACAACCUCGUGAGAACCAAGACACCUCUCUCCAUCCCUGAGCAUGGCAUGUCAGGAGAGUUGAGGUUCCCAAGGCGAGGAGACAGGACAGUGCGCAAGGCUGAGCGACAGCGCCUCAAAGCUGAAAGGAGGCAGCUAAGAGCUGAAGUGAAGGAAAUCAAGAAGAAACUGAGACUGGAGAAGAGGGGGCUGCAGUGGAGUGGGCCCUCUACCUCAGGCAGAGCCAACCUGACAAACAUGGCCUCAGCGUCCACCCAGGUCCCAGCCCUGCCCCCCCCUGCUGCCUCAGAAACAGCCUCAGGUCCAGCCCCAACCCAUGGUCCCAUCCCUGCCCCGGUCCCUGAUCCCCAGGCCUCCAGUCCAGAGGGUCCUGGGGUCUCGCACACGUCCUUGGUGCCAACUAUGGCUGCGUUGUUUCUGGAUGAAAAUCUGCCGGACGGCACCCGUCUGGAGCCUGAUACCAAGUUCAUCAAAUACUGGAAGAUGAGGAACUCGGGCACUAUCAACUGGACCUCAGAGACUAAGCUAGUGUUCAUGUGGGGAAACCUCGGCCUGGCGUCAGAGGAGAAGAGGGAGGUGCCGGCCCCAAUGCUGCUGCCCGGACAAGUGGGAGUGGUCAGUGUGGCCUUUGUUUCUCCUGUGAUGGAGGGGACGUACACCUCCCACUGGCGGCUGGCGCACUGCGGGUGUCAGUUUGGCCCGCGUAUCUGGUGCAGCAUCGUGGUCGACCCUGGUGACGGUCGCAACGCACUCGGGCAUCAGAGCAAACGACUGAAGGAGGAGGUGAGGCCAGUGGAGAAGGAGAAGGAGGUAAGAACCAAGGACAGCGGCCCUGGCCUGUCUGUAGACCUGAACCAUGAAGACUACUACUUCCCCUCAGUUGACCUGCUGACUGCACAGGAUCUACUGUCAUUUGAGUUGCUGGAUAUAAAUAUUGUGCAAGAGUUGGAGAAGGUUCCUAACAACACUCCUGUGGAUUUGACACCCUGCAUAUCCCCUCUGCCCCAUGAUGCACCAGUGUUGGAGAAGGCCAUCCCUUCAGAGAUAAAAGAGGACACAGAGGUCACAGGGGUCAGAAAACUCUUUGGAGUGAAACUGAGGCAGCAGAGGGAGCUGCUGGAGCCUGUGACCCAGGAAGAGGACAGGGAGGAGGAGAUCAGCGGAGCCCAGUUCCUCUGUGAGACGGUCAUCCGCUCCCUCACCUUGGAGGAAGCCCCUGAUCAUAGACCCCUGCGCAGAGCCCUGCACAGCAGCCACAAACCGCAGGUUGUUUCCCGGGGGCCCAGCUUUUGCUUCGAGAGAGCUGUAGAGGUUGAGAAGACAGAGACGGUGCAAGAAGGGAAUGAGGAGAUCAGUCCCUUUAGAGUUGAGAGUUCAGCUCUGUAUCCCAGUGCAGUUCUCAACCAGAUCACUGGGGAAGAGAAGAUAAGGCCAGUUCUUCUGCUGGAACCAGCGAAUGAAAACCUGCACACCAGUUCCCAUCAUGAUAAAGACCAAGAGGUCACGGUCUUGGAUGACAUGCAGAACAUGAGGGAUAUCCAAGAGAAAGAGGAGGAUGGAACCAAAGGAGAAGACUGGGAGGAGGUCAGCAGCCAGACCUCCUCAGUCUCCUCCUGCGACGAUUACAUCAUUGUCCUCCCAGACUGCUUUGACACCAGCCGGCCUCUGGGCGAGUCCAUGUACAGCUCCGCCAUGUCGCAGCCUGACGCUGCUGUUGUGACCUCAGACGAUCAAGAUGUACAGCAGGAGGAAGAGGAAGACUCCAACUCCGAGCCAGGCACGGUGGCAUCACUGGAAGAAAGGCAGGACAGGACUGAGGUGGAAGACGAUGAGGAUUCACCUGUGGACACAAGGCCGCCACCUGUUCCUCCCAUCCACAGCAGUGUGAACCAGAUGCUGUGUGCCUCCCAAACCCUGGACGCUGUGACACUCACCCCUGAAGUGGUGCCACCACCAGUACUGCCUGACCCCCUGGUUCCCACACCAGCCCUCUACUCACCCAGGUCUGAGGCACUGUACCUGGCUGAGGACCCCAGUCCUCCAGCCUGUGAGACAUAUGAGCCACAACAACCAAGGGUCCACCUAAAUGUAUCAUCUGGUCUGUCAAGAUCAGCAGGCUCAGCAUCCAGUGCCUUUGAGACGUAUAACCCCAGACCCAGCAACGCUUUGCAGCCAAGGGGCCAAGGAGGCAUCACAGAGGGACUCGUCAAGGGGGCCCUAUCUGUGGCAGCGUCUGCUUAUAAAGCUCUCUUUACUGGACCAAACUGUUCAAUACAGCGGGGCAUUGACCCAGCCACCAGACAAGACCCUUCCAUGAUGGCGAUGCUGCUGGAAAUGGGCUUCAGAGACCAGCGGCUCAACCAGCGGCUGCUGAGGAAGCACGGCUACAGCCUGCUGCACACUGUCAAUGAGCUGGUGCAGAUGGCCGAGGACCGCCAGAACAAAGCUGUCAACACUCAGCACUGAGAGAGGGAAAGCUAUGGGUUACCGCGAGGCUGUAAAAGAGUCAUAGGAAAGGAUUUAUUUGGCUUUUAAACGUAACGAUAUUUAGAUUAUGACCUGUGGCUCUCUCUCUGACUUUGAAUUAUUUAAAGAAAAGAUGAGGAAAACCUAUUUAUGAUUCCUGCAAUUGAUGAUUUUCCAAAGGGUGGAUACUUUAUUUGGACCAAGAGUAAUGAUAAUAAGACAACAACAUGAAGCAAAAAUGAAAGAGUAGCAUUUAUUUCUUAAACACUGUUGAUUAGAGUGAAAGGAAUGACUGGCUUCUCUUGCCUUUGCCUUUAAUUUAGCUUCAACAUUUUGAUUAAAUUAACACACUUGUAAAUUAUUAUGAAUAGUGUUUAAAUGCCUUGUUUACCUGGGCCAUAGAGCCCUGCGUGUUGGUGGAAAGGAGCAGGAGCUGUAGUUUUGACAGGACAAAAGUGUGUAUUUCAGCUCUUCAUCUUAGUGUUUUGUGUGGCUGUCGUCGCUGCUUCCUCUGCGCUGAAAAAUAAAUAGGGCUUGGCUAGAUUCUUCUCACAAAUAGAGCGGUGGAAAUAAAUAUUGUUGAUUGUCAUAAAAGGUAGAAAUGUUCUGUGAAGCCAGCUCUCAUUUGGGACAGUGCUACUGAAGCUACAUGGAUAUUCUGGGUGUUGAGGGCCAGCAGUCUAGUCGUCAGAACAACAGAUAUUUAAGACUUUUCUCUAUUAUCGUAGUGAAAUCUGCCUAAACAAUGCAAUCUUUUUCUGUAUCAGAGUACUGUUAUUUUAGACGUUGACAUGUGGAAUGUAUACAAAACUGUCCGAAUGGAUCACUGUUCGGACUCAGAUGUUUUCUACUGCUUUUUAGGAGACCCCUGCAUGACAGGUAGAGGCUUUAGAGGUGAGUCGUGUCCUCGUGGUCUUAGCACAGUCACAGUGGAAAAUGUCCGCUUUGCGUCAUCGUAUAACACCCCUGCCUGCAUUUUUACGUGUCUUCAUUCAGCCACCAACUGAAACCUAGAAACAGUCAUUUAUCACUAAUCCAAGCUAAGAUGUCUCUAACAACACAUUCCUCAAUCUCAUAGUGGAACCAAGUAUAUUUUCUUUCCUUACAUCAACUUUAUGGAAAAUGAUUAUUAGUUUACUGAAAUAUGGUGAUUUGUGGCACGAGUGUGCAGAUCUAAGUUAAUGUACGCCUCUGUUUGAGUUAUUCCUCCUGUGUGUGUUUGUGUGAUUGGGGAUUUUUUUAACCAUAUUUUCUUAUGCUGAUGAUUGUCUAUGUUUUAAAGAAUCAUGCUUUAGAGAAUAAUUCUGAAUAUAUCUACUGCUGUAUGCUUGUCAAAUUAUUCUUCUGUCACAGAGUGUAUACAUUAAAUACCCUUUUACUGUCAAUCCGCCAAUAAACGAUUUGCACAUCUC